GCAUAUUGUCAGUGGCAGGUCGAUGUAGCCAGUCCAACAAGCCAGAACGUAGAACAGCAUAAUUUAAAUAUAUAUUUUGUGUACGAUAAUGGCUAACCCAAUAAAAGAAUGUAAGCAGCUUACGCCACUAGCAAUUUUCGGCAUCAAUGGCAAAGUGGAGAAUGGUGUGCGUCAGCAUCCCGUUACCCGGGCUGCAAUCUUUCCAUUGGGUAACAAAAUAGCCAUUGCCGACUUCGCUAAGAACACACAAGAGUUUGUUGCCGGGCACACAAACAGCAUAUCCUGCCUGGAUGUCAGCAAGAGCGGCAAGUACAUCGCCUCCGGUCAGAUCAACCAUAUGGGCUUCCGUGGCUAUGUCAUCGUAUGGGACUAUGAGUCACGCAAGGAGAUUGGACGUCAUGAUUUGCACAAGGUGAAGGUGCAGGCUAUUUGCUUUACGGCCGAGGAACGCUUUGUUAUAUCCAUUGGCGGCAAGGAUGACGGCUCCGUAAUUGUGUUUGAUGUGCAGACAUUCUCGCCCAUUUGUCGCCAAGCCGCUUCACGUGCUAUCUCAGGCAAUGCCCUGACCAUCCGUCCGAUGCAUAACAAUCCGUACUUCUUUCUCACUGCUGGCGAUCGCCAUCUGCGCCUGUGGAGCAUUGUGCGCGAGCAGAAGAAGCUCUAUGUGCAGGACGUCCAUUUGGCCAGCAAAACUCGCACGUUCUACUGUGCUCGCAUCGAUAAAAAGGAUGAGUUCGCGUAUCUGGGCAGUGGCACUGGCGACAUCAUUAAGAUCGUACUCAACUGCUGCGACAGGGACAAUGUGACCCGGCCGGGCACGACAAGCGGCAUUCUAGGUGCCUUCGGCACGCACAAUCCACGCAAGCCCACGGGGCGCGACUGCAAUCGCUAUGUGAAUGGCGUGCGUGCCCUCUAUGUGCUGGAGGGAGGACGUCUGCUGAUUGGCGCUGGCGAUGGUGAGGUGCAACUGGUCGAGGAGCGUACCGAGGUGCCAUUGAUAAACUUCCGAGACUAUCCGGAACCCACUUGGCCCUACUUGCGCGUGGUUAAGCGAACUCGCGUCUCGGGUCGCAUCUCGUCCUUUGUGCGCAGCACUCCGGAGAAAUUCUACAUCUGCACCGACACGAAUGAAAUUUACAUGCUGAACAUCAACUCCUGGAUUUUGAAGCUGCUGCGCACCUGCCAUGCCAAGGCAGUCUACUUCAUAACAUUUCCCAAAAACUAUGCAGCUGUUUUUGCCACCGCUGGCCACGAGAGCAUUCGCAUCUGGUCCUCCAAUCGCAAGCAGGAGCUGCUGCGGAUCAUGGUGUACAAUUUCAACUGUGCCGCGGUUCGCUUCGCCCACGACGGAACCAGCAUUGUGUCCGUAUGGAACGACGGCAUUAUUCGCGCCUUUACCCCCAUAACAGGGCGUCUCAUCUAUGCUAUACCCAAUGCUCACAACAAGGGCUGCAGUGCGUUGGCCAUUGCAUCAACGGGUCGCUUUAUCGUCACUGGAGGCAUCGAGGGCCAGGUGCGCGUGUGGAAGAUCGAACCGUAUCGUCAGAAUUUAGUGGGCGUGCUGAAGGAUCAUUCGGGUCCCAUCACCUCGCUGGACAUCAACUAUCUGGACACGGAAGUAAUUUCCGCUUGCACUGACGGCUCCUGCGUCAUUUGGGACAUCAAUCGCAUGACCCGCAAGCAGGUGGUCACUGCCAACACGCAGUUCAUGUCGGUGCUCUAUUUCCCCACUGGAGUGCAGAUACUCACCUGCGGCUCCGAUGGCCGAAUCAUCUAUUGGAUGGUCUACAACGGCGCACUAAUACGCGAACUAGCCGCCUCGAAGAAAUCGUCGGUGAACUGUCUUUCCAUGAAUGCCACAGGCGACUAUUUCGUUAGCGUUGGCAGCGAUCUGCAGGUGAAGCUGUGGGACUAUAACAGUGGCGAUGUGGUCGGUAUUGGCUCGGAGCAUGCUUCGUCCGUAAUUAGCGCUGCGUACAGUCCAUGUGGCAAGACUUUCGUUACAGGCAGCACGGAUGGAUCACUGAUCAUUUGGGAAGUGCCCGAGGAACAUUGGGGCAGUCCCAAUCCACCGGACGGACCCAGCUACCAGCUGCCCAAGCCACAGCCGAAGGGCAAACCAGCUGUCCAGUCGCGUGUCGACUCGGGCACUCGCCUGAAGCCAGCUCCGGGCGAGAAUAUCAAUGGGCUGCUGAAAGCAACGCCCAAGGACGACAUCUGCUGUGUCGAGUGCCCACCGUGCGCCAAGAAGGAAGGCAAGGCCGCUGACGCCUUUGCCGAGUGCAAGAUUGUGCCGGACGUAAGGAAAUGUUAAGAUGUUCAAUUUCCCACUU